UUGGACUUCACUUAAUUCCGUGCCAAUGCUUUACCGCUCUUCCGCCGUCGUCCUCUGCUAGGUCGCCACAAUUAAUCCGUGCUAGCUCCCAUUGUCAAAUCUCAAACGGCAGUAACCCAUCUAUUCUAUGGCAGCUAUAAUUUUCUCUCUUAGUUACCCCACUACUCUUUAAAAAUUCCGCCUAAAAAGAAAAAACGUUCUGUCCCCUCGUUUGGGUCUUCGGCCAACGUGUACAGCAACUACCCAGAGGAUAUAGGGGCAGCUCUUUACAGGGAGCUUUUUGACUUCAACGCAGAGCCACCUUGGGAUCCCAGCUGAUAGUGGACUGGUUCAUCCCAGGACUCAUCCAUUUUGUUGCAUAAAUCUAGGACCCCGGAGGCUCAAGGGGAAGUGAGCAAGACCACUUUGGACUAAACACAUUCUUUAUGCCUGUCGGAUUAGAAGAAAACGGUUGAGAGGAUGAAAGGAAUCACUGAUGACCUGCAGUAUUCUGUUGCCCUGCUGGAAGGAGGCACCGCUCUCUGUGAUGUGAUUGACAAUCACAUUGAUGAUCAAACACUUUCUGAGAGGAAUGCAUUCUUUGUAGCGGACCUGGGAGUCAUAAUGAGGCAGCAUGUUCGCUGGCGAACCCACAUGACUCAAAUUCGGCCCUACUAUGCUGUGAGGUGCAAUAGCAGUCCAGCUGUGAUUGAAGUGCUGGCCGCUCUCGGCUCUGGAUUUGCAUGCAGCAACAAGUCUGAACUUGAGCUGGUGCAGAGCCAUGGUAUUCCCCCUGAAGACAUCAUCUACAGCGGUGUGUGCAAACAGGUCUCUCAGAUCAAAUAUGCUGCUAAGAACGGCAUCGACCUCCUUGUGUGUGAUAAUGAAGCAGAACUACGCAAGAUUUCUCGCUGCCAUCCCAAUGCCAAGCUGCUGCUACAGGUUACAACCGAGGCCUCUAACCCCAGCGAUGAAAUGAGCAUGACGUUUGGCUGCUCCCUGAAGGACUGUAGGCAUCUCCUGGAGAGUGCAAAAGAGCUGGGUGUGCAGGUUGUCGGAGUCAGGUCUCACAUUUCAAGCUCCUGUGAGGAUGACCAGGUGUAUGUUCAUGCCAUUUCUGAUGCUCGUUGCAUCUUUGAUAUGGGAGAGGAAAUUGGCUUCAGCAUGAACAUUUUGGACAUUGGAGGUGGAUUCAGUGGCUCUGAGAGCCAGCUGGACCUGAUCAAUAAUACGGUCAUGUCUGUGAUGGACAUGUACUUUCCGUCGUCAUGUGGAGUUUCCAUCAUUGCCGAGCCUGGCAGCUUCUUUGUGUCGUCUGCUUUCACCCUGGCUGUCAACAUCAUCUGUAAGGAGGUGGCAGCCCGAGAUGGCAAGGACCAGGAGCAGGAGCAUCUGUCUCCCAACGAUGAGCCGGAGUUCCAGUACUACAUGAAUGAGGGAGUGUAUGGAUCAUUUUCUGGCAAACUCUCUGAAACACCCAUUCCUCCACCGUCUGUUCACAAGCAGAGCACGUCCCUGGACGCUCCAGUGUUCAGCUCCAGCCUGUGGGGUCCCUCUGGGGACGACCUGGACCAGGUCGUAGAGCACUGCCUGCUACCAGAGCUCAACAUAGGAGACUGGCUUGUGUUCCAACACGCAGGGGCCUACAACCUGGGUCAAACACUGUCCACCACCACUAACUCACCCACCCCCCAUGUCUACUACGUCAUCUCCUCAAGAGACUGGCAAGUAUCUCGGUUUGACAUGCAGGACACCGGCAUCGCCCAGGAGAACACACUGAAGAGCUUCUCUCUGGUCCCGUACUUUUUCAAUUCCUGCCAAACAGAGGCUGCACUGUCUAUCCCAGCCUAGCAACCAUCCCACAUGGAAGAUUUCCAGCCCCUUCGUUUACGCUGCUAGCAUUGUUCGCUCUACAUUUCACCGUGAUGACCUCGGCCACUGACCUGGACUUUUAUUCUCAGCAAACGUUAUUUGACCCGAAAAGCUAAAAUAGAUAUGCAACAAAAUGGAUGACUCCUGGAAAAAUAAAGAUUCUGAUAUACUUUUUUUUUCUUUCAGCUCCCUGUGGAACUAGUUUACACUACUGUAGAAGGCAUCUAAAGAAUCCUCCAUGACUAUAUGUGAUAAAUGUAUUAUCUCUAUCUCCAUUACUGUUACUAGUCUUGUGAAGUAAGACAUGUAUACCAGAGUGAGACAGUGUUUUAGAUAGAGGCAAAGAUCAAAUAUCUUGUAUGAUGCUUUGCUACAAGAUGUGUAUUUAUGGUUUUAAUUGGUUUUAUAGUUUAUUUUGUGACUUUUGAGAGCUUGACUCUGUUACCCUAGUGUUUUGAAAUGGGACCUUUCAGCACAAUACUACAUGUAUAAAGAUGAACUUCCUCAUCUUUUCAUGGGGUAAAUAAAGGCAGUGUUGUCAGUGGUGUCUCCGACAUCCAUCCAUGAAGAAAUUAAGUCUACCACUCAGCGUGGUCCGAAAGCUCAAGCUUUAGCGUUCACCAGUUAGCUGGUGGUUGGGUGUCCCCACAAAGUGCUGCAAAGCUUUCUGCAUAGGCCAGCAGGCAGCAUGAAGGAUAGACAGCAUGUGCUUUAGAGAGAAUAAAGGAAGUGUUGAUGGAGAAGGAGUCCGAUGGGGUGGAUUGACAUCUUCAGAAAAAACAAAAGAGGGCAUUUAUGUUGCAAAGAAUGUCAACUUUCUCUAUAUCUGCUGAUAUUUAUAAUUGUUUGAAGAUUUGUCAACACUUGAUAUUGACAGUAUUACAAGAUUUCCUGACCACAAAUGUUCUUGCAUAACGUAUUCUAUCUGUGAAGCUGUCUCCCAGUCGAUGUCUAAGAAUGGCAAGUUAGUAAUAAACACCUAACUGACUUGA